AAUUACUGAAUAAGUCAAAAAUGAAUGGAGCAGUUCUUCAUCAAGUUAGAACAACAGUAGCAUGAGAAACCAUUUCUUAAAACAAUAUGCAGAUGAGGUUUUUGCUGACUUUUCAAGCUUUCAACUAUAAAGAAGAAGUUGAUCUCUACAAGCAGCUUAUUUUGCACAUUUGUCUCCUUGAUAAUUAGCUGUUCUGCAUUUUUUAACAGAAAUGCAGAACAGAAAGAAAAACUGAUGACCCUGCUGCUGAUGCCACAUUUAAGAUGGUAUUUUUUCAGUACUAUUAGGGUAUUGUUGACGAUGCUAAACUCAUAAACUAAACUGAUGAAGUUAUCAUUAUCAUCAGUAAUCAUUGUGGGUUUUGUUGAUUUAAAAAGUAAUGGAUUACAUUAUAGAUUACUUGUUACUUUUAAGGGGGGAAAAUGUCCCAGCUGGCCAAAACUAAGACCAACAUAUAGAAUAACAGAGGUAAAGACUGCACUACCAUUCCACCCACUAUGCUUACCAAGUAAUAUAAUUAUUGCUUAAACAUAACUUUUCAGGAACAGAACAGAAGAAAUCAUGUCCCAAAAACCACAGAGAGACUGUGUUGGUGUUUGUGAUCAAAGAAGAAAACGUUUAUAUCAGCCGAAGUGUUUAACUCUUCAACAUAUGUGACAACAUGAUUCUACUGUAUCACAUGCAGAGUAAUCUGUUAAAUUCACCAAAUCUGCCCAGGCCACUGUGGCUCCAGCAUUGAAACUGAGCAUCUUCUGAAGCUAGCAAAAAUUUGUAAACCCUCAUGAAAUAGGCUAUACUAGUAGCUGCUAGCACUUUAAGCUAGUUUUUAGCCUGUUUUGUUUACACUGUGGCAAAUUGGAAAUAGCAGCUAUUGGCAGAUUCUGUUUGUAAUAUAUUCAUCAACCUAAAAUAUCCUUGUGUUACUUUGAUACUGAAGAAAAUAUUAAAGCUGUUCAGGUAAGUAUCUGUUUUACAUUAAGCUUAUUUAAGUUUAUUUUGGACUGGUGAUUCAUAAGACAUAACAUUAUCUUUUGAGUGAGUCAAUAUGACCCUCUGUCUCACUCUAAUAUUGGUAUAAUAUUUGUACACUAUGGUAGCUUUACUGUUUCUCCUGAUGUGCAUCACUGCUCAUGUAGCUUCAGAUUGGUGAUUGGUCAUGUCUAAAGAAGCAGCAGCUACUUUCAGCUUCUCACUUGUUCACAAAGGGUCACCACAGCAGGUAGCUCAGUGUAUUUAUGAACUGGAUCCCCUCUUUGCACAGCCCCAAAAGGAAUUUUUGUCCCUUUUUAGAUAACACUUUUGGAAAUGUGGAAAAAUUCUGAAAGUGAAACUGAAAUUCUUGGUUUUUUUCUUGUUUUUUUUUUUAAACCAUUUAUAAUGUAGAAUUUUACAUGGACAAAAUAGAAAUGCAGUCGUGGUCUCAGUUAUUCAUUCCAAAACAAUUUGGACACACAUUUAUUGCUUUGCACUGUGAAACCAACAUGUGCUUUAAUACAUUCUCUGCUAACACACUGAUGCACAGUUUUGAUUCUUCUCUCUAGUCUCUUUUCUCUUCAUGACAUCUUCACCGGUUGCAGAUGGUCAGAUCAGACUAGUUGGGUCUGGGUCCACUCGGUGCUCUGGAAGAGUUGAAAUCUAUCACAGUGGCUCCUGGGGAACAGUGUGUGAUGAUGACUGGGACUUAAAUGAUGCUGGCGUGGUCUGCAGACAGCUGGGCUGUGGGGCAGCAGAGAGUGUCCAUCAAUCAGCUCACUUUGGUCAAGGUACAGGACAAAUCUGGCUUGAUAAUGUGGCCUGUUCAGGAACUGAAAGUUCUCUAACCGCGUGUCAACACAGAGGAUUUGGGACACAUAACUGUGGGCAUAGUGAGGAUGCUGGUGUCACAUGUUCAGUUGGCCAGAUAAGAUUAGUUGGAUCAACUCAGUGCUCUGGAAGAGUUGAAAUCUAUCACAGAGGCUCCUGGGGAACAGUGUGUGAUGAUGACUGGGACUUAAAUGGUGCAAAAGUGGUGUGCAGACAGCUGGGCUGUGGGGCAGCAGUGAAUGCCUAUCCAUCAGCUCACUUUGGUCAAGGUACAGGACAAAUUUGGCUUGAUGAUGUGGCCUGUUCAGGAAGUGAAAGCUCUCUAACUGCAUGUCGCCACAGUGGAUUUGGGACACAUAACUGUGGGCAUGGUGAGGAUGCUGGCGUUGCCUGUUUAGACAAACCAAAACCCAGGAUUUCCAUCAAUCCUUCUGGUCAAGUUACCUGGGGUCAGAAUGUCGCUAUCACAUGUUCGAUCACAGGUGAUCAGUUAAGUGGAGCAUUUAUCUUCACAAAGACCUCAGGCUCAUUCAGCAGGAGAAUAACAUCAAGCAGUAACGCUGCUACCCUCAGUAUCUCUAAUGUAAACCUUGACAAUGAGGGAUCAUACCAGUGUCAGUUUCAGAGGGAUUUGAUUCCAGACUCCAACGCCCCUCUAAGUGAUUCUGUGAGACUCUCAGUGACAGUCAACCUCCCAAAGCCCAGAAUCACCAAGAAUAUUAUUGGUGCAGUAACCUGGGGUCAAGCUGUUACCAUCACUUGUUCAAUCUCAACUCAGCAUUUAGGUGGAACAUUCACUCUGCAGCAGACCUCAGGCCCAUUCAGAAAGACCCAAACAUCAAGUAGAAACUCUGUUACCUUCAAUAUCCCUCAAGUGACCUUCAGUAAUGAGGGGUCGUACCAGUGUCAGUAUCAGACAAGAGUUUCAAGUCGAGACUUCAGCUCCCCUCAGAGUGACCCUGUCAGAGUUUCUGUUACUGUAAUCCUCCCAAAGCCCAGCAUCUCUAAGAGUCCAGUUGGAGAGUUGACCUGGGGUCAAGACGUUAGCAUCACUUGUUCAAUCUCAACUCAGCAUUUAGGUGGAACAUUCACUCUGCAGCAGAGCUCAGGCUCAUUCAGGAAAAGCCAAACAUCGAGCACAAACUCUGCUACCUUCAAUAUCCCUCAAGUGACCUUCAGUAACGAGGGAUCGUACCAGUGUCAGUAUCAGACAAGGAUUUCAAGUCGAGACUUCAGGUCCCCACAAAGUGAUUCUGUUAGAGUUUCUAUUUCUGUGAUCCUGCCAAAGCCCAGCAUCUCCAUGAUUCCUGUGGGGAAUGUGACCUGGGGCCAAACUGUUAGCAUCACUUGUUCAAUCUCAACUCAGCAUUUAGGUGGAACAUUCACUCUGCAGCAGAGCUCAGGCUCAUUCAGAAAAAGCCAAACAUCGAGCACAAACUCUGUUACCUUUAAUAUCCCUCAAGUGACCUUCAGUAAUGAGGGAUCGUACCAGUGUCAGUAUCAGACAAGAGUUUCAAGUCGAGACUUCAGCUCCCCUCAGAGUGAUCCUGUCAGAGUUUCUGUUACUGUAAUCCUGCCAAAGCCCAGCAUCUCUAAGAGUCCAGUUGGAGAGUUGACCUGGGGUCAAGACGUUAGCAUCACUUGUUCAAUCUCAACUCAGCAUUUAGGUGGAACAUUCACUCUGCAGCAGACCUCAGGCCCAUUCAGAAAGACCCAAACAUCAAGUAGAAACUCUGUUACCUUCAAUAUCCCUCAAGUGACCUUCAGUAAUGAGGGGUCGUACCAGUGUCAGUAUCAGACAAGAGUUUCAAGUCGAGACUUCAGAUCCCCACAGAGUGAUUCUAUGAGAGUUUCUGUUACUGUGAUCCUGCCAAAGCCCAGCAUCUCCAUGAUUCCUGUGGGGAAGGUGACCUGGGGCCAAACUGUUAGCAUCACUUGUUCAAUCUCAACUCAGCAUUUAGGUGGAACAUUCACUCUGCAGCAGACCUCAGGCUCAUUCAGAAAGACCCAAACAUCAAGUAGAAACUCUGUUACCUUCAAUAUCCCUCAAGUGACCUUCAGUAAUGAGGGGUCGUACCAGUGUCAGUAUCAGACAAGAGUUUCAAGUCGAGACUUCAGCUCCCCUCAGAGUGACCCUGUCAGAGUUUCUGUUACUGUAAUCCUCCCAAAGCCCGGCAUCUCUAAGAGUCCAGUUGGAGAGUUGACCUGGGGUCAAGACGUUAGCAUCACUUGUUCAAUCUCAACUCAGCAUUUAGGUGGAACAUUCACUCUGCAGCAGAGCUCAGGCUCAUUCAGAAAAAGCCAAACAUCGAGCACAAACUCUGCUACCUUUAAUAUCCCUCAAGUGACCUUCAGUAAUGAGGGAUCGUACCAGUGUCAGUAUCAGACAAGAGUUUCAAGUCGAGACUUCAGCUCCCCUCAGAGUGACCCUGUCAGAGUUUCUGUUACUGUAAUCCUCCCAAAGCCCAGCAUCUCUAAGAGUCCAGUUGGAGAGUUGACCUGGGGUCAAGACGUUAGCAUCACUUGUUCAAUCUCAACUCAGCAUUUAGGUGGAACAUUCACUCUGCAGCAGAGCUCAGGCUCAUUCAGGAAAAGCCAAACAUCGAGCACAAACUCUGCUACCUUCAAUAUCCCUCAAGUGACCUUCAGUAACGAGGGAUCGUACCAGUGUCAGUAUCAGACAAGGAUUUCAAGUCGAGACUUCAGGUCCCCACAAAGUGAUUCUGUUAGAGUUUCUAUUUCUGUGAUCCUGCCAAAGCCCAGCAUCUCCAUGAUUCCUGUGGGGAAUGUGACCUGGGGCCAAACUGUUAGCAUCACUUGUUCAAUCUCAACUCAGCAUUUAGGUGGAACAUUCACUCUGCAGCAGAGCUCAGGCUCAUUCAGAAAAAGCCAAACAUCGAGCACAAACUCUGUUACCUUUAAUAUCCCUCAAGUGACCUUCAGUAAUGAGGGAUCGUACCAGUGUCAGUAUCAGACAAGAGUUUCAAGUCGAGACUUCAGCUCCCCUCAGAGUGAUCCUGUCAGAGUUUCUGUUACUGUAAUCCUGCCAAAGCCCAGCAUCUCUAAGAGUCCAGUUGGAGAGUUGACCUGGGGUCAAGACGUUAGCAUCACUUGUUCAAUCUCAACUCAGCAUUUAGGUGGAACAUUCACUCUGCAGCAGACCUCAGGCUCAUUCAGGAAAAGCCAAACAUCGAGCACAAACUCUGUUACCUUCAAUAUCCCUCAAGUGACCUUCAGUAACGAGGGAUCGUACCAGUGUCAGUAUCAGACAAGGAUUUCAAGUCGAGACUUCAGGUCCCCACAAAGUGAUUCUGUUAGAGUUUCUAUUUCUGUGAUCCUGCCAAAGCCCAGCAUCUCCAUGAUUCCUGUGGGGAAUGUGACCUGGGGCCAAACUGUUAGCAUCACUUGUUCAAUCUCAACUCAGCAUUUAGGUGGAACAUUCACUCUGCAGCAGAGCUCAGGCUCAUUCAGAAAAAGCCAAACAUCGAGCACAAACUCUGUUACCUUCAAUAUCCCUCAAGUGAAUUUCAAUAACGAGGGAUCGUACCAGUGUCAGUAUCAGACAAGGAUUUCAGGGCGGGAAUUCAGCUCCCCUCAAAGUGACUCAAUCAGACUCUCUGUUACUGUAAUCCUUCCAAAGCCCAGCAUCUCUACGACUCCAGUUGGACAGUUGACCUGGGGUCAAGACGUUAGCAUCACUUGUUCAAUCUCAACUCAGCAUUUAGGUGGAACAUUUACUCUGCAGCAGAGCUCAGGCUCAUUCAGGAAAAGCCAAAUAUCGAGUGCAACCUCAGUUACAUUUAACAUUACUGAAGUGAAUUUCAAUAACGAAGGAUUGUAUCAGUGUCAAUAUCAGACAAGGAUUUCAAGUCAAGACUUCAGAUCCCCACAAAGUGAUUCUGUCGGAGUUUCUGUUACUGUGAUCCUUCCAAAUCCCACCAUCUCAACAAACACUGGUGGUGCAGUAACCUGGGGUCAAGAUGUUAGCAUCACUUGUUCAAUCUCAACUCAGCAUUUAGGUGGAACAUUCACUCUGCAGCAGAGCUCAGGCUCAUUCAGGAAAAGCCAAACAUCGAGCACAAACUCUGCUGUCUUUAGAAUCCCUGAAGUGAACUUCAGUAACGAGGGAUUGUAUCAGUGCCAGUAUCACACAAGGGUUUCAGGGCGAGACUUCAGCUCCCCUCAAAGCAGUUCUGUCAGAAUAUCUGUUACAUUGAUCCUCCCAAAGCCCAGUGUCUUUGUGAUUCCUGUGGGGAAGGUGACCUGGGGACAUCACGUUAGCAUCACUUGUUCAAUCUCAACUCAGCAUUUAGGUGGAACAUUCACUCUGCAGCAGACCUCAGGCUCAUUCAGGAAAAGCCAAACAUCGAGUACAAACUCUGCUUCCUUCAAUAUCACUCAAGUGACCUUCAGUAAUGAGGGAUCAUACCAGUGUCAGUAUCAGACAAGAGUUUCAAGUCGAGACUUCAGCUCCCCAGAAAGCGACCCUGUCGGAUUGUCUGUUGCAGUGACACUGCAGCAGCCCAGCAUCUGCCUGACAUCUCCUAACACCGGGCUGGUCUGUGGUCCUGAAGGUGCAGAGGUCAUCAGAGGUGACGACUUUGUCUUCACCUGCUCCAUUUCCUCCCACUUUCCUGGAGGGGUUUUCUCUCUCAUCUUCUCAGGCUCCAACAUCACCGAGACCAAGCCAGCUAUCAAUAACUCAGCCUCCUUUAGUUUUCCUGAAGCUGACUAUGAACACCAGGGCAACUAUAGCUGUGUGUAUGAGGUCGUAGUCGUCUCGAGGACAUUCACCUCAACCUUCACAGCAAUGAGUGUCACCAUUAAGAAGGCUGGAUUGAAGCUGUACUUAAUGGGUAUGACCAUGCUUGUCUCAGUCUCAGCAACCUUAUUGCUGCUUCUGCUGGUCUUGCCUGUGGUCUUUCUGGUCUGCAGGAGAAGGAGACAAGUGGAGAAGUCUGAAGACCUUGUCCAUUUUCAAAUUAUUUCAAACAAUUACACCACUGAUGGUGAGGAAGAGCCGCAUUAUAUCAGCUUUAAGCAGAACAACACAACGAAGAAGGUGGAUCAAGAACAGUGUAUGGAGAGAGUUGUGUGUGAAGAGGAUCAUGAUCAUGAGUGAAAAAGAAAAUGAAAGGGCUGCCAACUUUUUCUUUUCAGUUGGAGUAGAAGGUGGGAGAGCUGAAAGGUCCCUUUAAAUUGUUUAUAAGUGUGACUGUGUGUUCAAAAAUAGAAUAAAUACCACAGCACGAUAAUACUUUUAAUAAUUCAGUCAUUAUCAGCCCAAAUUUGCUCUCUGUGUUGCUUAGAAAAAGAUUUCUUAGUUUAUAAAUAAUUAUGAAACACUCAGCAAAAACUGAGACUUAAAGUCUCAGUAUUUGCAUUAUUAAUCAUUAUCGCAGGUCAAGGUCAUAGGUCACUGUUCUAUCAUAGGACUCAGUGUUUAAAUGUAAUGAUAAUUGAUUAUUCUUUCUAAAUUAAAAUGCCAAUGAGACAUGUGUACCAAAUAUUGAUACAAUUAUCAAAUACUAACUUUGAUUAUUUGUACGUUUAUUUUUAUAGUUGUUCACUUUUUGCCUAAAAUUCAAAGUUUUAGUAACUACAGUUUAUGUGUUUGAUUUGUCAGAGAGAUCUGUGUGCCUCAUGGUCUGAUAAAUCAUCAAUAGGAUAUAGAUUUGUGUUGGUUGCUUCCAGCUGUUUGAAUUUAACACCUGCAGAUUCAGACAGUAGACAUAUGUGUACAUUUGUGAGCUGUGUACAUUUUAGCAUGUAACACAGUAACGCUAAAUUUAUUAAUUAUUCAGUUAUUCCAGUCACACACACAGAGGAUAGUUCCAGUAAAUCACACUUUACUUUUAUAUAACUAAGUGAGGUGAGUGGUCACACACAGUUGCAUUAGUUACACUCGGUAGCUGUCCUCAGGUUGAAGAGUCCUGAGCUCCACGUAGCAAUUAUCUAUUUUAUACUUUAUUCUAAUAACAAGUGAUGUGUAAGUUGAUGCACUUAUUAUAGCAAAUAAUAAUCAUUUUCAUCAUCAUCAUCAUUGUUGCAAAAUUUAAAUGUAACCUCAUUAUUUGUGGUUUUAAUCAUUGUGUCAUUACUGUGCACAUGGAUGUUGUUCAGCUUUACUCCAAAUUUAAAUAAAGACUACUGCCAAAAUAUA